AUGAUGGGUGCGCUUGUGCGCUCGGUGUUCCUUUGGCUUUCUUUGGUGAACUUGACGGCGUCUCAGACGACUUGCUGGUCGGGCUUCCCUUCUUCAAUCACGCCUACAACGGGAAUGCUGCUGAAGACCAUGGGUACGGACACCUGCCCAGUCACAACGACGACGACCACGACCACCACGACCACCACCACCACGACCACGACGACAACAACGACAACCACCACCACGACCACCACCACAACCACCACGACCACCACGACCACAACGACCACCACGACCACCACGACCACCACGACUACCACCACAACAACCACCACGACCACCACGACCACCACGACCACUACCACCACAACAACAACCACUACGACAACCACAACAACGACUACCACUGCUGCAAACUGCUUGGCCACGUUUGCUCUUAGUGGCAAUGGGGAGGAGUUCAGCAAGUUGGAUCGGACGGCCAGUGCAGGCUGUGACAGCUUGGCCUUUGGAUCAACCUGCAACGUCACCUUUACCGCUGCGACCGCGGAUGACCUCUCAAAGUGCGUAGUUGCUGGCACCUACACCUGGUUCUGCCCAGUGCAAUCAGAGCAGGUGACUGAGCUCUACGCUCAGGAUGCGUACCUCCAGUGCAAAGUGUGCGGCGCCAGCUUCACUGAUGAUGAUACAACUUCUGGAAGCUAUCAGGGCCUGGUCACUUUCGGACCGAACAUGCUGAAUGGUGUUGUAGAUGAGACAAUGAUUUCCGGCUACGUUGUCUUGCCGGUGGAUGACUGUGGCCACAUCCCGAUCGGUUCGACCCCCUUGGGAUUCACUGCAAAGAACCAAGUUUCGGCCCCAACUUGCUGCGACAACACCGUGUACUCCAUCAACAUCACCUUGACCAACCCCACCUACAAAAAGAUCAUGGUGGUGCCUGCCGGCUCAAACCCAAGUAUCGACUACUUGGACGACGGUGUGGUCAUCGAUUUGGUCGACAACACGGCAAGUUUAAACGAUGGAAGUGCCAGCGGAACCACGGCAAUGCAGCUGGCUCCGGCAGCAAUGGCGCUAGGGCUGACUGCGCUCAUCUUUUGA